AGUGUCACUUCGGCUUGUUCCGGGUUAAUUGUGCUGUCUCCAGCAGGCUACUUUUCCUGCUCUCGUUUUAUUUUUGUUGUUUUUUCUUAUUUUAUAAUGUCUCUCUUAUUAGAGAAUCAGUUCUGCGAGCUGUCUAAUAGCAACGAAAUCGCUACAAAGUCGUUUUUGGAGUCGGUAUCCCAUAUUCCAUCUUUCUUCGACUGUCUUGGUUCAAAAGUUUUUGCUCCCAUCAAAGCCGACAUAAACGGAAACAUCACAAAAAUCCGAGCUGUAUACGACUCCGAUCCAGUGAAGUACGAGACGCUUCAGAAGAUCCUAGAAGCCGAGAAGGGCGUAUACGGGUCCGAAUGGCCGAAAGCAGGGGCCACGUUAGCGCUCAUGUGGUUAAAAAGAGGCCUGCGCUUCAUUCAGAUCCUGCUGCAGAGUUUGGCAGAUGGCGAGCGAGAUGAGAACCAUCCCAACCUCAUCCGUGUCAAUAUCACUAAAGCUUACGAACAGGCACUGAAAAGGUACCAUGGCUGGAUCGUGCAGCAGGUUUUUAAGGCUGCGCUUCUGGCUGCGCCGUACAAAUCGGACUUCUUGAAGGCUCUGUCGAAAGGUCAGGCGGUGGCCGAGGAAGACUGCCUGGCGAACAUUCGGCAGUUCUUGCUGAAUUUUACCGCCACCGUGGACGCCAUUUAUGAGAUGUACACAGUGAUGAAUGCUGAGCUGGAUUACACAGUGUGACGUGCCGUGUCACGGUGCCUUUCUCAGGUCAGACAGCAUUCCAGUGGAAAUAAUCAGUACUCAAAAUCAGCACAGCUCUCAUUUUAUUAAUUGUAUUAUUAUUAUUUUUUUUUUUUGCUGUGAGAGAAUUUUCUGUCUUAGCAUGGAUUUUGCAGGGUAAAAAAAAUACCUGAAGUGCAUUUUACAUGCGGUAUCUCUGAGCAGAGAGAUGUUGAACUACCUGUAAUGUUUUAAGACUACUGUAUCACACUGUGCGUCAUGGUUGAGAGACGGAUUUCAAACUGGAUUGAGGAAAAGCUUGAGAAAUGGUUUUAACCCUUUUACAUGGAUGAAUUCAUACAAGAAGUCUUAGUCUUAAAUGCUACUGUUUGGGACAGACCCCGAUCCAAACUUCCCGACGUCUUCGGAUGUGUCCGAAUCGUUCGAACCAAGUGUGUUUUGUAAAUAAUAAUAAUAAUAAUAAUAAUAAUAAUAUGAAGAACUAUUUACCUAGCACAUUUCAUCCAAAUGGAAUAAAAGUAAGCUUAGAAAAUAAAAAUUAAAGAAUAGGACUGAAAAAAAACCCCUACGUAAAAAUAGAAGAUAAAUUAGGACAGAAAAUAAAAUCUAAAGAAAAGGUGUGUUUUCAUCUGCUUUUUAAACUUAUCAGAAGGUGUCCCAGAGUUUUGGAGCGCUGAAAGAAGCUUUAACACAUCUCUUUGUUUUUGUUUUUUUCCUUUUCUUUUUUUUUUUUUAAAUUAGACAAAAUUCACCUUACAUUUGAUGAUCUUCAUUGUUGAUUUCUGCAGCUUAUAUUCAUUUCGACACUGUUAUAAUAGACAAACCAAAUAAUUUGGAGCUUUAAAACAAAUAAAAGAAUUUUCAGGUCUAUUCUUACAAUAACAUCGGGCGUUGUUGUAACAGUAAGAGAAAACAGCAACAAAGAAUUCAGUCCUAUCAUUUCAUCAUUGGGUGUUUAUUAGUUUAUCGCUCUUUGCACUCAACCCUUUGGGGAAACAUUUCAAUUUUGUCCUCAUUUAUCUGUCAAACAAAUGAAAUGCUUUCAAAAAAAGUGCCUCACAAUAAUCAACAGCUGUCUCAUGUGUAUAUAUAUUCAUUAAUAUGCAAAGAUGUUGGUGACUAAUUUUUAUAUAUAAAGCAAUUUGCAGUUUUGCUAUAUGAUCGAUAUUACUUUUUCAUAAAAAGACUGACUCGUUAACUGAUGAUGAUGAUGAUGAUAAUCCUACAUGCAUACUGACAGCCUGGGGUUUGCUGCACAAAACUAAUGAGUAUGUUCCUGACUGAUUAUAAUGCUUAUCUGCGAUUUGAUUAUUUAUAUAGAGCCGAUAUUUACACUCUCAGGAUACAGGUUAUUAACGUACAGUACACACUUCUGUAUUGUUCCACGAAGGAAGCAAUUUUAAUCAUCACUGUGUGGAAGUUGGUUGUUUGAUUAUGAAGAGAAUUGUUCAUUAGCUACUGUUACAACUGUGAGGUUGGCAAGAUUUUAGAAUUGUUCAUGUGAAGGCGUGUAAACAAAGGCAUAAAGAAAGUGUUAGUUUUUUUUUUUUCUGCAUUACCAAACCUCACUCUGAAGUGUAUUUAUAAUGGUGUGUGUGUGUGUUUCUGAUUGAGAUCCAAUGUAGAAUGAUUCUCAGAACUGUCCUGUCGAUACACUGACAUACAUUAAAACUUGGUCUGAAAUAAA